AUGAGUAGUGUGGGCCAUGACGACGAAUUCAUCACAGAAGGUCCCGACGACGAGAAGCAUGAGCUGGGUGCGGACACCUCCACAGACAAGGAGCCGCCAUUCAUCACAGAAGGUUCCGACGACGAGAAGCCUGAGCUGGGUGCGGACACCUCCACAGACAAGGAGCCACCAAAGCCUGAGGAAGGAGCUGUCGAAUCUACUACUUCCGCGCGACCAACUUCCGCCACUGCUGCAGCAACCAGACCUGAUACGAUUGAAGAUGUGCGAGAAGAGAUCCAGCCAUUGCCACCUAUCCGAGCGCCCCCGCAAACGGAUGGGCCUGGGGCAUACGCCAUGGGCGGUCGGGCUCUUGGCGCCCGUGGUCUAGCUGGUCCAGUCCGAGCUCAAGAGCCCACAAGGCCUGACGAAGUCGCCGCGCCAGAAGAUACCGGUGCGGGAUUGGCGCAAGCAAGACCAGUGGAAGAAGAUGAACAGCGUGAUAUCGAAGUUGCAACGCCUGUACAGGCAAGAGAACAGGCAAAAGAUGCAAGCAAAGGCCUGCUCCUCAUUCUGCUUCUAUGCGUCCUCGUCGUGAUUGUCGCUGCCGUUGUGGUGGUUCUCCGUUCGAGAGCCGAUAGCGACGAACAAACGUCGCCCCGUCCAACUGCUUCGCCGUCUGUCCAACCAACAGAGAUGCCCUCGUCGGACCAAGACAAACUAUUGGCUUUACUACCAGACUACACUGUCACAGCUAUCCAGCAGGGCUCUAACGCGCAGAGCCAGGCUUGGGACUGGAUGCUGGAAGAUCCUUCAUUUGAUCGCUACGAUGACGAACGGCGUCUUCAGCGCUUUGGUUUGGCCGUUCUAUACUUCAGCACAAAAGGACACGAGUGGAUCACCCAGGACAGUUUCCUCAACUACACACUCCAUGAAUGUGAGUGGAUGCUCGAAUCCUUUGAUCCAACACUGGCGGACCAGACUGUUACGAGGCUGUCCUGUGAUCCAACAAACCAGUCUGCUACGAGGCUAGUUUUUAAUACGAAUAAUCUCGCUGGAUAUUUACCAAGAGAGCUUGCUCUGCUUACGUCGCUCCAAGAACUCAUCAUAAUGAGGCAUCCUGGCCUAGUCGGCACGUUGCCCACGGAGAUUGCAAAAAUGCGUGCAUUGGAGUCCAUAGCAUUCCACAACAACAGGUUCACCGGUAUACUCCCGACAGAACUGCUUCUUCUCAACAACUUGAGGCGGCUUGCCUUGGAGGGCAAUCUAUUUGAAGGGACCAUCCACACCGAAUUCGGCUUGUUUUCGACCAACCUCUCUCAUCUUACAUUUGACACAAACCGUUUCUUCGGUACUAUACCAUCAGAGCUGGGGCUUCUCACGACCUUGACAAGGCUGCAACCUGUUCCCAAUCAGUUUGACCCUGGCACAAUCCCCACCGAGCUUGGUUGCCUCACAGAGAUGCGUGAGCUUCUUUUGUCCGGCCAGAACACAACAGGACCAAUCCCCUCAGAGCUGGGAAUGAUGACCAAUCUUUUUAGAUUCUCAGCCAGCAAAACUCUCCUAACUGGACCCAUCCCAACUACUAUAGGGCAAUGGACGAAGGUGCGCUCAGUCAACAUUGACUUCAGUCCCUUGAUAACAGGCCCCAUUCCUUCCGAAUUUGCGGGUUUAUCUGAAGCUGUUGCCUUGUCACUGGGUUCCAAUUCUUUGGUUGGAACAAUCCCAUCUGAACUUGGAAACUUCCCUAACAUGAAAGUUCUCGAUCUCAGUUCCAAUGCCCUGGUUGGGCCAAUCCCAUCCGAGCUGGCAAGAGUCCCAAUGAGGCUGGUUUCCCUUCAGAACAAUCAGCUUACCGGGACGCUUCCUGCUGAGUUUGACCCAAGGAGUAGUGGUCCCCAAGGCGCAUUGAACAUUGUUGGAAACAAUCUGACAGGCAGCAUCCCGGAGGGGUUGUGCUUCUUGAUGAGUCCAUCUUGCAACUGGAGUUCACCAUCCAUGGAAGGCUCGUUUCCCUGUCACUUCAACUAUGAUUGUGAGGAACUCGUCUGCAGCUGUGAGACUUGCACUUGCCCGUAGCUAUUAGAACAUUAAGCCGGAGUGUGGAACCAGUAUAGCGCAAUGGGUCUAAGCAUGAUUCUCCCCUUGCAUGACUGUUCAAUUCGGUUGACUGGCAAAUUCGAAUCACUGCAAUCCUGGGAACGCUGCCACUGCUGCUAGCUAACACAGCUCAUGAGCAAUUAAAACCCAUAUUUAGUAUGUGUAUUCAAACCGCAGUGAACGGA